AUCGUAAUGUUAAUGUUGUUUUUAGUUUUCUUACAACAAAGUAUAUAUCAAUAUUAGUAAUUCUAAUAAAUCAAAUAUGUUUCCAUACCAUUAAAAAUAUUAUAUGUAUAUUCAUAAGUAAAAGACAAAGAGUAAGUUUAAAAAAUAAUGUCUGAGCCAGAUGUAGUUGAUGAUUUUUAUGGUGUUUAUUUACUAUACAAUAUUAACCCUAAAUACAAGGGUCGCACAUACAUUGGUUAUACUAGAGAUCCAAAUAGAAGAAUAAUGCAGCAUAACAGAGGAACAUGGGCAGGAGGGGCACAUCGAACUAAUAAUAAGGGCCCUUGGAAAAUGGUGUUGAUAGUGCAUGGUUUUCCAAAUAAUAUUUCAGCUUUGAGGUUUGAAUGGGCUUGGCAAAAUCCCAGUAAAACAACUAGGCUGCAGCAUUUAGACCUUAAGAAAAUACCAAGAAAGGAGUCUGAGUUUAAGUUUAAGUUGAGAGUUUUAUCAGAAAUGUUGAGAGUUGGUCCUUGGGUGCGCCUGCCUUUGAGUAUUCGCUGGCUGGAACAAGAAUAUUAUGAAGAAUUCCCUCCAGAAAAGCACCCUCCAGAACACAUGAUUACCUGCUAUGGUCCAGUGAAGAGCAGGAACAUUAAAGUAGCUGAAAAUAACUCAGUACCAACGCUACCUUGCAAAUUAUGUUCAGAAUCUAUUAGUGAUAAACAAAUUAAAUGCCUAAAUGAGAAUUGUAAUCUUGUAGCACAUAUAACAUGCUUGGCUGAAAAAAUGUUAUCGCCAGGGGAAUAUAUACCCAUUGAUGGAAAAUGUCCGUUAUGCAAGAUUUAUAUGAAAUGGGGUGAUUUAUUAAGGAAAAUGAAGGGAUGCCAAUAUAUAGAAGAUAAGGGAGCAGAUGGUGAUGGUAGUGAUGAUGAAGUGAUAUGCACUCAGGAUAAAGAAUUUGUUGACAAUAAUUCGUGGUUUCUGGACUGUAAUGACGAUUUAUGACGAAAUAAAUUGGUUUGUAGA